AUGCACGGUGGAAGUGCCGGUGUGUACAUUGUGGGUACCAAAUUGGUGGUGAAUUUGUGCACGGAGCGUAUCAAUUUGCGCAACUAUUGGGGAGGACGCUGGAAAUCGCGAUGGGAAGUGGAUCUGACAGCCAAUCCGGCCAAGAUUAAGGGCAACAUACAGCUGCAUGUUCACUACUUUGAGAACGGCAACUUGCAACUGCAAAAUUCCAAGGAUAUCGACGAGGAGAUCACGGUGCAACGUCCUGGCGGUCUGGGUGACGCCAUUCUGCGCGUUAUGAAGGAGGCAGAGGACGAUCUGCAGAGCAACCUCGAAGACAUGUACAUCAACAUGUCCGAGGAAACCUUCAAGGAGAUGCGUCGCGUAUGCCAGAUGGAGUGGAGUUUGCAUGCCCACCGCACGGCCAAGGACCUUGGACGCAAAUAA